GAUUCACGUGUCCAGUUGUACGCUAGAGAAAUGAAAAAAAAUUAUGUUACGAUGCUGGCUCUCUUGAUGUGGUACUUUAUGAAGUCAACACAUGUAUCAGGAGUGAAAAAUAUUACACACGGUGUAUCGAGGCAUAUACGAUCUAUCGGAUUUCCCGAGGGUAGCGCUUCAGGGAUAUUCUUCGCUUUGGGAAUUCCCAUAGAUAUUCCAGACAAAUCUAUAGCGGUGUCGUUUUAUUUCGAAGCGAAUUACGGAUUGCCAUACAAAUGGAAUUCGAGUUACUUCUACGAGGGAAGUUACUAUGCAAAACGAAGUCUCAGUCGUCAACUAGUAUACAAGGUGUUCACCAGUAAAUUGGACAACCUGGGUUAUCCUGGACUUGAUUGCUUGCUGAGAACAAUCUGCGAAGCUGAGAGAUACUCCUUAAAUGAAAACGGAGUGCUCGGCGACAUCCUUCAAAUUAUAUUCACACCCUCUAUGUCAAUGAGCGAAGAUCUUCCAGAUGAGAUUGUGGAAGCCGAACGUGAGCAGCACUGCGAUCAGCGUUACAAAAAAUGUCCUGUGAAUCUUUUAGAUCUAAUAAGCCAUUAUAUCGAUAAAUAA